AUGAACCAAUCUUCUACCUGGGACGAAUUGGGUCUUUUCGGUAUCAACAAUAAUGGGGUAGGUCUCGAGGCCAAUCUUGGAUAUUAUCAAAGAGGGGAAUUUGCCCUAGAUACGAUGAGUAUUGGCCUCACUGGACCGACUCUGAAGAAUCAGACUGUGGCCGGAAUCGCAACCCCCGAGCCUUUUUAUCUGUAA